UCAAAAGCGUUGUUUAUCUUGCAUUAGAGAGUCAGAAUAAUUCGUCGACGUGUUUCAAUAUGGCGUCUAAUAUGUCCAUUUUGCUCUUGUAUUUGAGCUCUUGUAUACACUUGCUUCACGGUGUUCCUGAACCUGGUGUGAAAGAGUUUACUUUGGAUGCGAAUAACAGAUUUAAAUCAUUUGCCAAGAGUUUGUUCAAGGAUGCUAAGAUUACAUUAUUUGGAAACAUUGUUCCCAUUCCUGGUGCACCAACAUCGAUUACAGUUAAAAAGAUUUCAUUGAAGUGGCAACUGUUUUACUCAAACUGUGCUCAGUAUUUUAUUCAUAUUGGAAGCAAUCAGCUCAAAACAUUUCCUACUGAAGCAAUUCCUGGUUUUCCUCAUAUAAAAUACAAAAAUGGCACACUCGAGUUGGACAGCAAAACUUUGAACAGCACAAAAUUUGAUUUGGAAAGAAAAAUUUGGAGCAAGGCCGCUAAAGAAUUUGUUAGACCAAAGACAACAACCCAGAAAGAAAAACUUUCAUCUGAAAAAGAGCGUCAUAAAAGAGGUGCCCCAAGUGGUAAUGGGAUACCUGAAAAAAACAAACCAAGACAUAAAGAUCGUAAAAAAAACCCUGACAAAAACGAACAAACACACCCACCAAAAAAGACCCCGAGGCAAGUACCAGGAAUUGAUGGAAAUUACUUUUUAAUAAUCAGCGUUAAAGAAGGGGUUCUUGACGGUGUCAAGCUUCAAGUUAAAGUUGACAUGAAAAUGAACACUGGAUAUUUGUCUGCUGCUGAAUGGCCACUUUUGCCUUUUUAUGGUGCAAUGUCCUUGGUGUACUUGGCCUAUGGGGUGGUUUGGCUCAUUGUUUCUGCCUGCCAAUGGAGAGAACUCCUUAGAAUACAAUUCUGGAUUGGUGGUGUUAUAGCACUUGGUAUGCUUGAAAAGGCAAUAUUCUUCUCUGAAUAUAAUAAUGUGAAUAACACUGGAGUGCCAGCUCAUGGUCUUGUUGUGUUAGCUCUUGUUCUUUCCUGUAUCAAACGUACUUUAUCAAGAAUUCUCAUUAUAAUUGUCAGUAUGGGUUUUGGAAUUGUCAAACCUAGACUUGGUUCAGCGCUUCAUCGUGUCCUAGGAGUUGGCUGUCUAUAUUUUGUCCUUAGCAUUGUUGAGGGAUUUUAUAGAGAACAUUCGGUGAAAGCCGAUGUAAACCGUAAGCAAAUGAUUGCAUCAGUACCAUUGUCAGUCUUAGAUGCUGUCAUAUGUUGGUGGAUUUUCAUGUCAUUACUACAGACAAUGAGAACAUUGAGAAUACGAAAAAAUCUUGUGAAGUUAUCACUUUAUCGGCACUUCACAAAUAUCUUAGUUGUUUCUGUUAUAGCUUCAGUGGCAUUUAUGGCUUGGAUGAUCAAGGCUCAUAAUUUCAACAGUUGCAUUAAGGACUGGAAAGAAAUUUGGAUUGAUGAUGCAUUUUGGCAUUUUCUCUUUGCUCUUAUACUUCUUGCAAUCAUGGUUUUAUGGAGACCAACCGCAAACAACCAACGCUAUGCAUUCACUCCAUUGAUUGAUGUUGGAGAAGAUGAUGAUGAUGAUAUGACAUUGUCAGAUGCUUUCCAAGGCAUGAAGAUGAGAGGUAAAAGUGAUGGAGAUGCACCCAGCCGGGCAGAAAAACAGAGAAAAAAAGCAGAAGAUGAUUUAAAAUGGGUUGAAGAAAAUAUUCCAACAUCCGGCGGAAUUGACACGGCAUUACCAUCACUUCUGGAUUCAGAUGAAGAGAUGAUGACUACAAAGUUGGAAAUGAGUAAAAUGGAAUAAAGGAAGAAUUGUUAGAGUUGAUAACAAAGUAAAAUGUAGUAUAACCUGUCCACAUCAGUUGUCAGAAGUUCAUUGAACACAUCCAAUUUUCAGUAAACAAAAUUUCAUGAAUUGGGUACAUUGUCUUUUAGGCAUUAGCCAUAAUUUUAACUCAGUCUUCAUUUGCUAAACAGCUAUUCAGAAAAUAAGAAAAUAGAUAGCCUAGCUUACUUACUCAGUAAAAUAUGAUCUUUUCAUUAGUGCAUCCUGUGAGUGUCUUUCCAACCUCUGCAUGAAAGUUGUGUCUGUCAUGUCAUUAUGGAUAAUGUAAUAAAUUAAUGGUGAGAUUUUAUUAUAAUCCUCAGUUAAAUAAAAUAGACAAC